ACCAAAUUCUCGUUUUCGUGACGCCCGCCGAAAUGACGCGUCCAGCGAUUUUUAGAUCAGGCGGUCCCGGCCAUGCGAGAUUCGGUCUCAAUUAUUAGUUCACAGAUCCAAAGCUGAACUGCAGCGCCCAGAGCUGAGGCUGCUGAGGCUUGAGCUCGUGGUGCGAGAGACCGCACUAAGCCCGUUCGAGUGGCGUCGCAAUUGGCGAACCUCCUUGCGCCGACUGCGACUAAAUUGCCAGCACCUCUCCGCCCAUCCCAAACGCGCACUCUCUAUCACAGUAUAGCCUGGCAAUCUCUGUGGUCCAGGAAGCUUUUCGCACUAGACAAAGCAUCCAUCGACAUUCCUCAAUAUAUCAUCCGCCUCCUAGAGUAGGAAUCGUUCCCUGCUCCAGCGACAGCUCGCUACCAUGACGCGCGAAUCUUCACCACUUGACUCCCCAUUGUCCUCAGAGCAGUGGUCGGAUCACGAGGAUGAGUCCGUCCAGGAUGUUCACGAAGAAGACGAGACCCCUGCCCGCCCGUCCAAACGCCAAAAGACCGAAGUCGCGUCAACAACCUCAUCCGCCGCGCCUAUCGCCCACGAAGCAGAGCCCGAGGUAGACCACAUUCAAGCGCCUCCCGAUGUGGCCCUCGGGGAUGUGUCAGACAUCUCCUCCGACACGUCGGCCGACAUACCCAGCUCACCCCCCUAUGCCCGGCCUGACGAUGAGGAUAUGCAGGAGCAGGUCACGGUCUGCGACUGGGACGGCUGCGUAGCCGGCGACAUGGGCGACAUGGACAGGCUGGUCGACCACAUCCACAACUCCCACAUUGAGAGCCGACAAAAGAAGUACACCUGCGAAUGGAACACGUGCUCACGCAAGGGGCUUCCACACGCCAGCGGUUACGCGCUCAAGGCACACAUGCGAAGCCACACUAGGGAGAAACCUUUCUACUGCUACCUACCCGGUGAGCCUCGCCCUCCUCGGUGCUGCGGCCUCUGUGUGCGAGAAACAGAAGAACUGACGAGAACAGAAUGCGAUCGCUCCUUUACCCGGUCGGACGCUCUAGCUAAGCACAUGCGCACUGUCCACGAGACCGAGACCCUCCGGCCAUCCGACCCCGUCCCCAAAUCCCAGGGCCACGGCAGCAAAGCGAACAAGCUCAAAAUCAUCAUCAAGACACCCCAAUCCCAUGGCAACAACGGCGACGAUGUGUCUGACGAGCCCCUCGCCGACGGCAAGGAUGAUCCCCACGAAGGCUGCUGGACCAUCAUGUCGUCCGACCUCUUCAGCGAGGAGGAGCUCAAGGCGGACCGCGAGGCACUCUACAAGAAGCUGUACUUUGAGGACAAGUGGGCCAAGGAGGAGAACGACACGCUGAUGAAGGAAUGCAAGGCACUCGAGGAGCAGUACUACAAGGAGUGGCAGGAGAAGGAGGUGCUGCUGUCCCAGGUCAUUCAGAGCGAGGUUGCGUGGCAUGAGCGGCGCAAUGCGAUCUUGAGUGGUGCUGCCGAUGUCCAAAUCAGCGGCCCGAUGGACAGUCAGGAAACGGAGCCCGCGAACGGCCUGUCGGAUCCCAAGCCUGUCAAUACGAUUGAGAAUGGUUUGCGGCCGCGGCCAGUGUCGCCUCCAUGAGUCGGGGCAAUCCUUACGUCCAUGCUCUUUGAGGCUAUGGGCAGGUUUCAUGGCCAAUGUUUUCAAUGAUACGACAAAAAGUAACAAGGAGUUCACGGGGGUUUUUCAAGCGCUUCGGUCUCACA